AUGCAAGAUUGCACCAUUGUCUUCCACACAGCUUCACCAUUUACUUCCAAAAUUACUAACCCUCAGAAGGAUUUAGUUGAUCCUGCUCUUUUGGGCACAAGGUAUGUAUUACAAUCGGUAAAUGAGACACCAACUGUCACCAGAGUGGUAUUAACCAGUAGUGCUGUUGCUAUGUAUGGGGAUAACAAAGAUAUCGAGUCUGCUCCCAACCAUACUCUGACUGAAGGCCAAUGGAAUACUACUUCAGGUGUGGAACAUCAACCAUAUCUGUAA